GUGGGCUUGCUGGACAAGCUCGAAAUCUAGAGAAGAUGCACCCAGCCGACGGCAGCUCUCGUCCCUUCAAGCAGAGGAAGAGCCUCGCCACCAGGAUGCACGAAGUCACGGAGAUCCGCAUCAAGUACCCCAACAAGAUCCCGGUGGUGGUGGAACGCUACCAGAAGGAGAAGACUUUGCCCCCCUUGACCAGGACCAAGUUUCUGGUGGCCCAGGACCUGCCCCUGUCCCAGUUUGCCGUCACCCUGAGGACGCGGCUCUGCUUGGCCUCCUCCCAGACCUUCUAGAACAACAAGGGGCUGCCCAACAUGGCCGUCACCAUGCAGGAGCUCUACCAGGACCACAAGGACGAGGACGGUUUCCUCUACUUGACCUACGCCUCCCAGGAGAUGUUCGGCAGCUCUUCCUCCGGCCGCUCGACCGCCGUCGCGCCCUCCUGCCCAUCCCAGGACUCCAACCCUGGGGAGAUCGAGGAGGCGUCUCUCCAAAUUUGA